AUGAAUAUCGUGCAAAUCUUAGAGCAGAAUCCCAUCUUUCAAUCGACGGGGAGGAAACCACAGCGACCUGUGCACUAUCAGCUUGCAUGUUUCCUUCUUUGUUAUGGGACUCGUGGCGGGGACUCCCUGCAAGCUGCCCAUAAGCUUGGGAUUGGUUUCGGAACUGUCUUCCUCUAUUGCAAGCGCAUAGUGCGUGCUCUGCAGGAGAUCGGAAUGCAAGUAGUUACCUGGGGUGAUGAGGAUCGUCAGAAUGAAACAACGAGAUGGGUUAUGGACUGGUCGGGAAUUCCAGAUUGCAUUGGGAUGCUCAAUGGCUCCCUCAUAUGGCUUACUGAGAUGCUGGAUCAAAAUGGCCUAACAUUUAUUUGUCGAAAGAAAUAUCCCGCUAUCAAUGUUCAAGCUGUUAUUGACCACGAGAAAUGA